AUGGGCGGUGGAGAUAGCUGGUUUGCAACCAGAAGGAUUCUUGCUCCGCAUCUGGCGGAUCCGGAGUGGCUUGCACUAACCGACCCCGCUGGUGAUGUACGCAACUUCAUCGCAGAUUUUCGGCAAAAAUACGUACCUGGUGUGUUGGGGGAUCAGGAUGAAAGCGAGACGGACAGAGUCAUACGUGAAUCGAAAAUCCCACCUUUCUUUGAUGGCACCUACAGUGAGGCACUGCGCGAGGCUAAACAGAGCCUACGCUUCCUGAUUAUCUACCUUCAUGGCGAUUCACAUGAAGACACAGAUUCAUUCUGCCGCCAAACCCUACUUGAUCCCAUUUUGCUCAGUUUCCUCGACAACCCUGAGCAAGUGAUAUUUUGGGCAUGCAACGUCAAUUCGCCUGAGGGAUAUCGAGUUUCUCAGACCUUUAGGGAGCAUACCUACCCAUUUAUUGGCGUUGUGGGAUUGUCGGCGAAUUCCGCCUAUUCUCGAACACCCUAUUCAUCAACCCGCAUGGCCCUUCUUGGACGGAUUGAGGGCUUUACCAGUGCACCUAUUCUGAUUGAAUACCUAUCCAAGAUUAUGAACGAUCACCAAAGCAUAUUGACAGCAGAGCGGGCCGACAGGGCGGAGCGUGAAUUGUCAACGCGACUCAGACGAGAGCAGGAUGAGGCGUUUGCGGCUUCGCUGGCUCAGGACAGGGCGAAGGCAGCGGAACGCGCGGCAAGCGAAGAAGCUGUCGCACGACUUGCUCGAGAAGCGGCAGAAGCGCGUCGUCGUGACGAGCUGCUUGGUUGCGCCCGACUGCGUCGCCAAAGACGCUGGGCAAAUUCCCUGCCUGAACAGCCCACACCAUCGUCAGAUGUCGUUUGCAUCUCCCUCAAGUUACCCAACGGGCGCCGUACUCAGCGACUAUUCUCUUUCAAAGAUUCUCUGAAGCUCCUUUACUACUUCAUCAUUUCUCAAGAAGAUGCACCCAAGCAAUUCUCAGUUGCAUCAAACUACCCAAAGAGAGUGAUCGAGUGUCGUCCAGCGGAAGAAAGUGACAUUGAGGACUAUACCCCAGACAAGGAAGCUUGUGAAGAUGAAAUCCUGUGCAAACCAGUAAAGGAUUGGACUCCAAACGGUACCACCGACCCCCCCUCUUUUGAGGAGGCUGGACUAGUGAACCAUGAAAUGCUUCUCAUUCUUGACAUGGAUUCCUGA